CAUGUUGCCAGACCUCCCUGAGCAGUUUGGACCCCCGGACACAGCCCCUCCCCUCCUCAGCAGACUGAUGGAGGCCAUAGAGCCCAAAGGUCUGGACAGUCUCAGUGUGUAUCGCAAUCUGAGUGGAGGAGGUCUGGACACCCGGCAGCUGGCCGACACAGACCUGGAGCAGCUGGAGGUGUCGUCCCUGUGUGACGGGGUGUUCCGGUUCCUGCAGGAUCUGCCCGGUCCCGUCCUCCCCUCCGCGCUGCAGGCCGACAUGAUUCACGCAGUGCAAGAGGUCCGGGACCUAGAGGACUGUGCUCAGGUGCUGCGGGGGGUGGCCAGCUCGCCGACCUGCCCGGCCCAGUACGGCCUGACCCUGCUCAGCGUGGUCCGACACCUGGCCCGGCUCUGUAUGCACAGCGCCAGGAACCAGCUGAGCCCCCGAAACCUGGCGGAGAGCUUCAGCCCACUGCUGUUCAGACAGGCUGCAGGGUCUGACUCCAGUCUGGAUCCUCUGGUUCAGGUCCUGGAGGUUCUGAUAACCAGCGAGCUCAACAUGAACCAGGCUGCACCAGCGCUGCCUCCUAAACCGGUGAAGUCUUCAACUCCAGCACCUUCCUGUAGUUUCAACAACAGUAUUUCUCUGCAGGAUGCUGAGUGGUACUGGGGAGACAUCUCCAGAGAGGAGGUUAAUGAGAAGCUGAGAGACACAGCUGAUGGUACAUUCCUGGUUCGAGACGCCUCCACUAAGAUGCACGGAGAUUACACUCUGACUUUGAGGAAAGGAGGCAACAACAAACUGAUAAAGAUCUUCCACCGGGAGGGAAAGUACGGCUUCUCGGACCCUUUGACGUUUAGCUCAGUGGUGGAGCUGAUCAACCAUUACCGCCACGAGUCCCUCGCCCAGUACAACCCCAAACUGGACGUCAAGCUGCUCUACCCGGUCUCCAAACACCAGCAGGACCAGGUGGUGAAGGAGGACAGUAUUGAAGCUGUGGGGAAGAAGCUCCACGAGUAUCACCUGCAGUACCAGGAGAAGAACCGAGAGUACGACAGACUGUACGAGGAGUACACCAGAACCUCGCAGGAGAUCCAGAUGAAGAGGACGGCCAUCGAGGCGUUCAACGAGACCAUAAAGAUCUUCGAGGAGCAGUGUCAGACUCAGGAGCGCUUCAGCAAAGAGUACAUCGAGAAGUUUCGCCGAGAGGGCAACGACAAGGAGAUUCAGAGGAUCAUGGAGAACUAUGACAAGCUGAAGUCUCGGAUCAGUGAGAUCGUGGACAGUAAGCGUCACCUGGAGGUGGACCUGAAGAAACAGGCCGCAGACUACAGAGAGAUCGACAAGAAGAUGAACAGCAUCAAACCAGACCUGAUCCAGCUCCGCAAGACCAGGGACCAGUACCUCAUGUGGUUGACUCAGAAAGGAGUUCGUCAGAGGAAACUCAACGAGUGGCUCGGCCUGAAGAACGAAACCACAGAGGAUGAGUACAGCAUGGUGGAGGAUGAAGAGGACCUUCCUCAUCACGACGAGCGUCUGUGGCGUCUUGGAAACAUCAACCGCAUUCAGGCCGAGUCUUUGCUCCGCGGAAAGAGAGACGGGACCUUCCUGGUCCGAGACAGCAGCAAGCCGGGCUGCUAUGCCUGCUCCGUGGUUGUGGACGGAGAGGUGAAACACUGCGUCAUCAACAAGACCGGCACCGGUUUUGGUUUUGCCGAGCCCUACAACCUGUACGGCUCUCUGAAGGAGCUGGUGCUGCACUACCAGCACACCUCGCUGGUCCAACACAACGACUCGCUCAACGUCACGCUGGCCUUCCCCGUCUACAGCCAGCAGAGACGGUGACCCGCCCGGCCCCUACCGCCAUCCUCGACCAGCUGCAGAACCACAACCUGACCACGUCACACAUUUUAACGUUAAAGCUUUUGCGGGAUAACUCAGCACAACAGCGACACCCUCGACGCAAAGAGCUCGAGAAGUCUGUUCAACUUUUUAUAAACCGUCCUGGUGCUGCAGCUCUCAGUGUGUACAGUUCAGUACACUUGGUUGGUUACAUCCUGUAGGAGUGGUGAUAGUUUAAAACUAUUAUUUUACUGUGAAACAUGGAGCUUUAAAUGUUUCCUGUGAGGGGAAAAAAAAACAAGCAGCUCCACCCAAUUCUCAGUAAAGAUACAGAGUUAAAAAAAAGAGACUAAAAAUAGUUCAGUUAUUGAGCUGAUUCGGUGCCGAAGAUCAACAUGUAUCACAAUUUCCUCCCAUCAGAGACCGAGAACACACUUGAGGUCGUGAUCACAUGGGAACCUUUUUUAGUUUUCGGAGAUUUGAGCAUGGCUACAGCAGAAAGAGUCAAGGCUUCAUAGUUUCCCUUAAAGUCAAUUAGAAAGAUGUUCCUCCUUUUUAAGUUUAUUGCAGCACACAUCACAUACAGUAUAUAUUAAAUUAAGUAUUUGGCAAUGAUUACCAAAUGAUUUGUAAACCUCGAAGAAAUCGCUUGUAAACCCACAGUAAACAUUAUUUGGAUGGAUAUAACGAAGUUGCAACUAAUGAUUAUAAUACCUUGUUAAUGGUUGAUAAAUACUUUGUAAAGCAUCCAUUGUUAUUUAGCCAUUCUCACUGCACAAAAAAACAGUCAUCUCUUUCAUAGAUCACCAUAAAAGAUUUCAUGGGGCCAAAUUAAUGUUCCUUGAUUUAUAAACCACUUAUUAAUCAUUAACUAAUUAUUAAAAGCAUUAGACGCAAUUUUAUAUUAUCCAUCAAAAUGUUAAUAGAUGGCUUACGAAACAUUGACAAAGUAUUAACUACAUUCUUUAACUAAUUCUGUAUUUCACAAAACUCAUGAAUACCUUAACAUAAAUGAUAACAUUACUAAUAAUUAGUAAAAAUUAACAGUAAAAUAACCAUUAACCAAUCAGUGAUGGUUAUUAUGAAGUGUUAACGAAGUGAAAAAGUAAAGUGAAAAGCGCUCAAAAACGUUUUUUCAGGUUUUUAAAAAUAAUGGUUCGACAAGUUGUGCAGUUUCUUACCGAUGCUUUCAGGUACAUUGAGAUUAAUUGACCUUAUGAACACCAACGCUUCGGGCUCGUUCUGAGACGCGUUCCAUGUGAUCACGACCUCAUUGGGAGUCGAUGCUGCGACUGGCGCUUCCCAGUUUACGUUCCGUUUCCUGUCCGAGGAGAAGCGAGGUGCUGACAUGUCCCACGUUUUGUCUUGUGGAGGUCAGAGCUGGACUGACGGACUCCUCCUUUAAAUCUCAACUGCUGAUCCAGCACGCUUCAACAGAACACAACUACGGCCGGAUAAUGAUGAUGAUGGUGAUUAUGAUGAUGAUGAUGAUGUCAAAGACAAAAUGGCGGACAAUCCAGAGAGGCUUCUCUUGCAUAAACACUGUGAGUGACUGAACGAGGUUUAAAAUGAGGGCGAACCGACUGACCCGCAUUUUUAUAUAUCAGGAGAGAAAUAAACUAGAAACCUUCAUCAUCCAAAGACCCGACCCCCAAAAACCCCUUCCCUCUAAUCCCCACCCCGAAAAAAUCCCAGCAGUGUUUUUCCAAGGUCCAGUUUCUUCAGGUUUUUUUGGUUGCCGCUAUAGAGUGUCGUUUAAUUUUGCAGAGCGGAGGAAUGAUUCUUCAACUCUUUCAUUUAACUUUAAUUAACCGUCUGGCAGCACAGAGAUUUACUCCUGCUGUAUCAAAACUGUUAACAAAUUCAGGAAUGACGAGAACUGGAUCUCUCUGGAUCUACUCCUCUAAAGUCUCAAGGACUCGUGGGACAAAACGCAGCCUGUAAACCUUUUGUGUCGACGCUCAGCUGAUCACAAAUCACAAUUUUCAUCUUUAUGGAUUACAUUUUUUGUUCCUUUUUUUUGUGUGCAUUUGGACACACUGUUUCCUUUAAACCAGGUACAUGAGAUGAAACGUUCUGCAAGGAUUCUGAAAGUAUUACAUCUGUUGUCAUGGUAACCACCUGGUAACUUUUUUUGAAGUUUGAAGCUUUUUUCUUUCCACACAUUGGAUCGGUUUUGGAAAUUAAUACAUGUUUCAAAUUAGUUUGGAAAUGUCCUGGAUUUUUCAUUUACGUAUUCCACAAAAGUCCUGGUUUUUCAUUCUGACAUUAAAACCAAACUAGUGAACACAAACCAGAAUCUGUAACAUCAUGAGACAUUAAGAAGUUGUGAAAACUGAUGAAUAAAACAUUUGGUUUGAUUGUC